UUAACAGGCGCUGAGUCCCAUGUCGCCAUCUGCUAUAGGAAGAAAAACACGGCGGAAUAUUCUCUGAGGCACAUGAUACACAGGGCCCAUAAACAUAUUCAACAAAAGAUAGUUCACUGGGACACAUGAACUAAACUUAUGCAGCAGGUGUUCAGCAUCCUGCGGGCGUCAGGGAGAGGAGAAGCGGAUAACUGAGCCACACCGUCGGGCAAAACAUAAAAGCAGGUUAGUUUAUAAUUCAGAUAGAUAAUAAUGGACUGAGUUUUGUUUCAAUAUGUAGAGAGGUGUCGCAUAUUAAAAUGUGUAUGGUCGGAAACGGAUCUUGCUUCUGACCCUUUGGCUCUGGGAGGAUGUGGAGCGAUAACUGAGUUUCCCCACAAGACUAACCGGGUGACUGAGAUGAUCUGAAGCUUUGUAAAUACAAUGCUGACCCCAUUAGCACGGUGAACCGAUCGGGCUCAACGCAGGCAACCACAAGGAAGGAGUCGUCCAAUCUGCAGCAGCAGCGAUGGUGGUGGAGGGGGACAGGACGCUGCUGGCCGCGAGGCAGGGGGACGUGCAGACUCUCAAAGUGCAAUUAGCGCAGAAAACGCUCACCAGCGAGGUCAAGGAUGUGCUGGGGGCUUCCCCGGUCCACCACGCAGCCCGGGCCGGGAAACUAACCUGCCUGCGGUUCCUGGUGGAGGAGGCAGGGCUGCCGGGUAACUGUCUGGCUAACAACGGGGCCAGCCCGGCGCAUGACGCAGCCGCCACCGGCAACCUGGCCUGCUUACAGUGGCUGCUGACCCAGGGUGGAUGUCGGCCAGAGGACAGGGACAGUUCCGGUGCCACCGUUCUUCACCUUGCAUCCCGCUUCAGUCACCAUGAGAUCACUGACUGGCUGCUGAAGAGCGGCGAGGUGGACCCCGGGGCCUCCACCGACACAGGUGCCGUACCUGUUCACUAUGCUGCUGCCAAGGGAGACCUGCCCUCUCUGCGACUGCUACUGGGGCACAGCCCAAAUGUUGUCAACUCCCAAACUAAGAAUGGUGCCACACCGCUCUACCUGGCCUGCCAGGAGGGUCAUCUGGAGGUCGUCCAAUACCUGGUCAAGGAUUGCAGGGCGGAUCCAAGCAUCAGAGCCAAUGACGGGAUGACACCUCUGCAUGCUGCUGCCCAGAUGGGCCACAACACUGUCAUCGUCUGGCUGAUGAGUUUCACAGAGAUCAGUCUGACAGACAGGGAUGGUGACGGGGCCACGGCCAUGCACUUUGCAGCUAGUCGUGGCCAUGCGAAGGUGCUCAGCUGGCUGCUGCUGCACGGAGGAGAGAUCGUCACUGACAACUGGGGAGGGACCCCACUUCACGACGCAGCAGAGAACGGUGAACUGGAGUGCUGUCAGAUCCUUGUGGUCAAUGGGGUGGACCUGGGCAUCAAGGAUCAGGACGGCUUCACAGGAGCAGACCUAGCUGAAUACAACGGCCACUCCCAGUGUGCCAAAUAUCUGCGCACUGUGGAGAACAUGAGUGUGGAGCACCGUGUUCUGUCUCGGGACCCCUCAACAGACCUGGAGUACAAGCAGCCAGACUCGGGCCUCUCGUCCCCAAACACCACGAUGCCCCCUGCCAGCCAGGCAGCACACUUUGACAUCAGUUCACCAUCCAGCUCCCUGUCCAACUAUGACUCAGCCAACUCCAGCCAGUCCAGCACUGGGGAGAAAAGGAGCAGCUUAACAAUGUCACGAGGCCCGCCCACGCAGCUGAACACAGUCGCACACACAGGUGCAUCAGAGUCAGCCAUUUCAGACAUGCAGGCAUAUAUGGACAUGCUAAACCCAGACAUAGGCUCAGACCCACCGAAGAAGGAGGUACCUGCUGAAGCUGCCUCCAAGCCCCCGCCACCACCAAGAUAUCCACCUCCACCUCCCCCACAGUCUCCCCCAGUGCCCCCUCCACCUCCAGGCUACCCAGCACCAAAGCCCCCUCAGGAGCCAACGUCAGCUGAGUUCCUGAAGGUGAAAAGCAACUUGCGACACGUGGAGAGCACUACCAGCAAGACGGAGAAGCUGAAUCCUGGAGAAAACCACAACAAACUGCGGCGCGUGGAUUCAAACAGGAGGUCAAGGAGCUUCAGCAAGCAACCCAGCACUGGGGACUACUACAAGACCCUGGGCAGCGACACAGCCGAGCCCCGAGGGAACAAAGACAUGCCGCCCAACGAGGAGGGCUCCGUGUUAUUGGAGGAGCCUACCGACAGCCCCACCCAUAGCUCUGAGAAUGGCACCACAGAGGAAUCAGUGGUGCCGCCACCUCCUCCACCGCCUCUUCCCCCAAGCAACCCGAUGCCAACACCCCCUCCGCCUCCUCCAUUGCCCCCAGAGACGCCAACCACCCACAGUCACUCUGCCAGUAGCACCUACAGCAAUCAGCGGCGCCUAUCUUCCUCAUCAGGAAGCGCACAUGUGUCUGCCUCUCAGGCAGAAGAAGUGAGACAAAGACUGAUGAAGAGCACAAAAUCUUUCAACAUGAUGUCCCCCACUGGUGACAACUCAGAGCUGCUGGCAGAGAUCAAAGCAGGGAAGAGCCUCAAGCCAACACCUCACAGUAAAGGCUACACCACUGUCUUUUCCAACAGCGGACCCACAGGCAAUGAAAACACUGCAUCUCCACCAGAGACUCGCACAUCCAGCCCACCAGCCAAGCCGUCAUCCCCACCACCAUCCAAUACAUCUGUCACCUCCCCACCCACCACCCCUAGUCCCAGCCCCAGUCCCACUGGCUCUGGAUCUGCCAGGACCAUGUCAACCUCUGCGAGUUACGAGCAACUGCCCUCCAACUCUGUGAUCAAUGGGAAUAGUGGCAGCUCAGCAGGAGCAGAGUCAGGGCGGAAGAUGAGUCUUGCAGAUGUGGAGGCGCUAGUGCCCACUCAUGACGAACAGGGGAAAGCGAUCCCUGAGUGGAAGAGGCAGGUGAUGGUGCGAAAGCUUCAGGUCAAGAUGCAAGAGGAGGAGGAGCACAAGCGCAAGGCUGAGGAGGAGGCUGCACGCCUGGCAUCCAUGCCCGCCUGGAGAAGAGACAUGAUGAAGAAGAAAAUGGACGAAGAGAGAUGUGACAGGGAACAAAAAAGAAAAGCGGAACAGCAGGCCAAACAGGUCAAGGAGAUGGAGGAGAAAACAGAGCAGGAGCGACUACGGAUCCUGGGCUAUGACGAGACCAAGCUGGCCCCCUGGCAGCGACAAAUCAUUCUGAAGAAAGGGGAUAUAGCCAAACAGUGAACUGGGCCGUCUCCCCCCUUCUCUGCCCCACCGCACCCACCACCCUCACACACCCACCCCAAGGCCUUCACUGAACACCUCCCAAUCCCUGAUCCCCUACCCUGCACUGUACACUGGACAGUGGGGAAGAGCUUGACUCCUCUAAACCCUGUCUCACUCUUUGACCUCCUGAAACACAGGACCAUGCUGUAGUUGCUGCUGUCCACACUGGCUCUGAGGCUCAGCUCACGCCACCGCCCAUUGAAAGUCUACUGGAAACAAACUCUUGGUCUUUUAGUGCUAACAAUAGCUGUGACAUGCACUGAUUCUCCUCGCUUAAGACGAUUGCUAUAAAUGCAUGUGUCCUUAACUAAAUUAAGGUUAUCUGUUAUGUAUUUGCUUUCCUGCAAAUCAAUAAAAGCUAUUUCACAUAAACGAUUUACUCAGACAAAGAGGUUUUUGAUCGAUGGAAAGGGGCUACUGAGCAUUUUUGCCAUGGGGGAAAAAGCCUGUUAUGUAAUGAACGGAAAAGUAGCUCCAUGGUCAUACUCAGCAAAGGCUUAUUUAAACAUGAAGCAGCUAAUGCAUUCUCUGUGUAGACAAUAUCACAUCUUCAUCGUGUUAUAUACUUAGUCCUGAGAUUUUUGUAUCAAGCUCAUAGAAGCACUUUCUUAAUGGCUUAAUGUUACUGCCAGAGUUGUAACCCUAACACUCACGCUAAUCGCUGUCUUUAGAUAAGCUUGUUGUCAUUUCUCUGUGAAUUUGGAAUAUUGAUAUAUAUCAUAUUUUAAAUAAUGUAAAGAUUAUUUAGCUGAGCAAAUUAAAUUUUACUAAUUAUCACUUGACAAAAAGCCGCAAUUUUCCAAUUUAAUUUUUCUAUAUGUGACCUAUAUGUUAAGCUAUUGUGAUCAUGAAUGUGAAAUGUUGCGUGCGUGUGUUGCGUAAUGUCUAUCGAGCAUGUUGUGAUGUAUUAUUAAGCACAUUUGACCGCAGGACCCUGGAUUUUCAGUGAAACACAAUAGAAAAACAAAGACACACAAUCUGAGCACAUUCCUGCGAGGCUUCUAUUUGAACAUGGCCUUCUUUUGAAAUACAAAACAUGCACAUGUGAAGAGCAGCAUCUUAUACCAGACGUCUCAUCUGCACACUGAAUGUUGCAAAAGUAGGGAAAAGACAUCAGUUUGUCCCAUGUCCUCUUCCGGCCUUCGUCCUACUAACCUGGAGGAUAAAUCUUUGAUGAGCAGAUCUGCUUACAGUGUACAGAGUGCGCUUUGUCUGCCAGAAACAGCCGUGACAUAAAAAAUGUACUGCUCCUUAGAUAAUGCCAGCUGGUUGUUCUGCAGCCGCUCGUGUAAAGAGUCCAGUUCAGAUUAUAAAUGAGAGGAGACAAGACUUAUGCAGUGAACUGUAUAAUUCACAAUCAUGCAGACACUUUUUACGUAACAGACUUGACACAAAUACCAGUUCAUGAUUACACAGCUAAUUUUAACCAUCAUUUCUAAACAGCUCCUUUUAGGUCCAGGUUUUCAUACAUUCCUAGGAUUCAAACAUUUAUUUGGCAGGGGUCACCAAUUUGCAGCUAAACAUAGAAAGGUGGAGAAACAUGUGUUGAAUGUUUUUGGAGCGACUGAGGAGACACAUUUGAAAUUGAAAUUUAAGAGCAACUGAACCUCACAAUCAUGCCGGAUAUGUCACAUGAAGUAUUCCCUCAUGAUGGAAAAUAUUCUCUAUGUUUACUAUAUUUAGGCUAUGUUAGAUGUACAUUUUUGCAGAUGUAAGGUAUCGAACAUACGCAGACAUGGUCCUGGUUGGGGAAUCAUCUGGAUAAUAUUCUAAAUCACUUUCAUCGGAUGCCAUAUGAUGUUGAAAUUGAAAAUGAUGUAAACGUCAUUGCCAUUUGAUUUUCUAUAUAUAUAUUUAAACUCUGUAUAUAGCG